AUGGGCAAAGUUCAUCUCCACGUGUGUAUCGUUGGCGCGGGCCUGGGUGGUCUAGCUGCCGCAAUCUCAAUCGUCAGAGGCGGCCACAAAGUCACAAUCCUCGAACAAGCUCCCGCCCUGGGAGAGGUCGGCGCUGGGAUCCAGGUUCCCCCGAACAGCACCCGCAUUCUGUCCCGCUGGGGUCUUCUGCCCGCCCUCGAAGCCGUCUCGGUGCGGCCACAAAGUUUCAUCCUGCGCUCCUACCGCGACGGCAAGGUCCUGUCGACCCAGCCCCUGAUUCCGCACUGUGAAUCCACCUACGGCUAUCCAUACCUGCACAUACACCGGGCCGAUUACCACCGAAUCCUCGUCGAAGAAGCCCGGCGUCAAGGGGUGGAGAUCAUCCUGGACUCGUUUGUAACCGAAAUCGAUUUUGCCACGCCAGCCGUGCACAUCAAGAACCGACCGGAGCCCUUUGUGGCAGACCUCAUCAUCGGCGCCGACGGCCUGAAGUCGGUCUGUCGAGAAGCCCUCCUGGGCCGCCCGGACCCGCCACACCUGACGGGCGAUCUGGCGUACCGCAUGGUCGUUCCCGCGGACCGGAUGCGCGAACACCCCGUGCUCCGCGACCUCGCCUCGACCCCGAACAUCAACUACUGGAUGGGCCCGGACAGCCACGCCGUGUGCUACCUGCUCAAGGGCGGCAACCUGUACAACGUCGUGAUCGCGUGCCCGGACAACCUGCCGGAGUUUGUGAACCAGCAAAAAGCCGACCGCGAGGAGAUGCACGCCCUGUUCGAGAAGUGGGACCCGCAGCUCCGCGCCCUGCUGGACCUGUGCAACGACACGUCGAAAUGGCGACUGCAGAACUCGCGCGAGAUGAGCAGCUGGAGUCACCCGGGAGGGCGGUUCACGCUGCUGGGCGACGCCUGCCACGCCACCCUCCCUUAUUUGGCCCAGGGCGCCGCGCAGGCCGUCGAGGACGGCGCCGUGCUGGGCCACCUGUUGGACAAGAUCGAGCGCCGCGGCCAACUCGCCGACGUGCUCGCCAUCUACGAGGGUCUCCGGAAGCCGCGCACCACGCGCGUCGUCACGGGCAGUUCGCACCUCGGGCGUGAAAUCUUCCAUCUCCACGACGGGCCUCGCCAGCGCGAACGGGACAGGCAGUUGCUCGCGUGGAACGACGCGCCCUUUGAGGGAUACCAGAAUCGAUGGCGCGAUCCCGUCUUUCAGCAGUUCUUGUUCGGGUAUGAUGCCCUGGAGGUCGUCGAGGACGCGUGGGCCAGAUAUCGCGAGGGACGCUUUCCCGGGACGAUCGGUCGAUUUGCCGACAACGAAGAUGAAGAUGAAGAUGAGGUUGUGCUGGCUCUGGCCGGGGCCAACGAGCUAGCCGAGCUGAGAAGGCAGGAGAGUACGAGUAGGGACAUCGGGGUCGGGGCGGCAGAGGCGAGGUUGUGA